AUGAGGCAAGGAUCCAUUCCUUGGAUUGUGUUGGACGAUUUCAAUGUCAUGAGUGGUGAUGGGGAGAGGAUAGGUGGGAGGUCGAGACCAAUUAUUGCUUUGAAGGAAUUUAAUGAUUUUAUAGAUGUGGUGGGGUUGGUUGAUUUGAAGUUUGAAGGAAAUUCCAUGUCCUGGUGUAAUGAUCGUCAUGGAAGUGCUAGAAGUUGGAAUGGGCCCUCGGAAGAUACGAAACUUGAUUUGGUGGCUACUAAGGUAGAGCUAGCUACAUGGGUUAGUAGGGAGGAAACUAGGUUGGCGCAGCAAGCUAAACAAGCAUGGAUUGAGCAGGGAGAGGCUAAUGCUAGCUUCUUCUGUGCUGUUUCUUCUAGGUCCAAUAAGGUGGUUAGAGAGAUGAAGUUGAGUUAUGGUGUAUGGCUACAAUCCCCUAAGGAAGUGCACUUGGGUGCAGUGGAGUUUUUAAAAAAAUUCUCGGCAUCUUCUCACUUAGGGUCGUUACCAGAUUUAUCCUCUUUGGUGGACAAAGUGGUAGGUGAUUCUGGUAAUAGUCAGUUUUUAGAGUUUCCUUCAAUCCAAGAAGUUAAAGAUGCUGUUUUGUCUAUUUCUAUUAACAGUAGCCCAAGCCCAGAUGGGUUUGGGUCUGGUUUCUAUAAGUCUUGUUGGGAUAUUGUUGGUGGUGAGGUUGUGGAAGCUGUUCAUGAUUUGUUCAGGGGUUCACCCUCUCCCAGAUUUUUUUCUUCUUCCUUUUUGGUGCUUAUUCCUAAAGUGAAAAAUCCUCAGGGUUUUGAGAAAUUUCGACCUAGUAGUCUUUGUUCAAUUUUUUACAAAAUCUAUUCAAAGAUACUAGUGGGUCGGUUGUCACCUUUUCUCCCUAUAAUUAUUUCACAGGAGCAGGGAGUGUUUAUUCGAUGGAGGAGUAUUUUUGGGAAUAUCAGUAUGACACAGGAAUUGAUUCAAAGCAUCAAUAAGCCGAGUAGGGGAGGCAAUGUGGUAUUGAAAAUUGAUAUGGCAAAGGAAUAUGAUAGUGUUGAUUGGAAUUUUCUCAUUCAUGUUCUUUCAGGAUUUGGUUUUUCGAAACCUGUUUGUUGUAUGUUUUGCCAGUGUAUUUCCUCUCCUUGCUUUUAUGUUGUUAUGAAUGGUGUCCCCAAGGGUUUUUUUCAAGCAGAGAGGAGACUGAGGCAAGGAGAUCCAAUUUUUCCUUAUCUUUUGAUAGUUGUGGAGGUUAUAUUAUCAAGGUUGCUUAGGCAAAAUUUUCUAGAUGGAUCUAUUGGUGCUUAUUAUUGUCCAAGAGGGACUCUGCUUAUUUCCCUUCUUUUAUAUAUAGAUGAUAUAGUGAUCUUUGCGAAUGGAAGCAAGCCUUCUUCAAAAGCUUUAUCCAUUACUUUGGGAAAGUAUGAAGAAUGGUCUGGCCAAAGGGUGAGUUAA